UGGGCACACACGCUCGUGACAUGAUGUCUUUUGAGACCUACAUCCGAAUACGUUAUCAGUCGAGUUUUGUACGCGUGAGGUAGAAGCUGCAUGGGCUCGAGAGGGUUGGCAGCAGCGAGUAACCACAGCGUUGGCGGGAGUGAGUUGAAGCAGCAGACUUGCGCCGGGGACUCGCUUGCAGCGGUGAGGUGGGGUUUCAGUAGCCGCGGAGCCAGCAAGCAUGGUAGUUGUAUGCGUUAAGAUGUUGUGACGUGUGUUGCGCGCUACUGAACCAUGGCGGCGUCGGCGGCUAUGUUACUGCUAGCGCUGAGUCUGGUGGUGGACGUUUCAGAGGCCUCAAAACCGGAUAAUGCCACGCAACAGUGCGAAGACGGACUUCUUCUCCCAGUGUGGUUGCCUUUGGACAACCUUAGCAUUGGCGACCGGGUCGCCAGAGGACUUGUUUACUUCUCCGCCAUGCUGUAUCUCUUCAUUGGUGUGUCAAUCAUAUCAGAUCGCUUCAUGGCCGCUAUUGAAGUCAUUACGUCUCAGGAAAAGGAAAUCACUGUGCGUAAGAAGAGUGGGGAGACGCAGAUCCUAGUGGUGAGAGUGUGGAACGAGACAGUGGCCAAUUUGACCCUUAUGGCCCUCGGGUCUUCUGCUCCGGAGAUUCUUCUUUCUAUUAUUGAAAUUUAUGCCAAGAAUUUUGAGGCAGGUGAUUUAGGUCCCGGUACCAUCGUUGGUUCGGCCGCUUAUAAUUUGUUCGUUAUAAUAGCAAUUUGUGUGAUGGUGAUCCCAGAAGGGCAGGUCCGGAAGAUCAAACACUUGCGAGUGUUCUUUGUGACAGCCACGUGGUCAGUGUUCGCCUAUGUAUGGCUAUACAUCAUUCUGUCCGUUUCCUCGGUUGGCGAGGUAGAGGUGUGGGAGGGCCUCCUUACCUUCAUGUUCUUCCCAGCCACCGUGAUCACAGCCUACAUUGCAGACCGACGCCUCCUCAUUUAUAAGUACCUGCACAAGAACUACCGAAUGAACCGGCGCGGCGUCAUUGUGCAAAGCGAAGGUGAUGUCGAGAUGAGCAACAAAAUCAACCAUAUAGACGGCGGCCUCAAGACCCUGGAGGAGGAGGCUGAGAGCGAGGAGGUGCGUGAGUUUGAGCAGAACCGCCGAGAGUACAUCACCACCCUCCGGGAGUUGAGGAAGAAGUACCCGGCUAUGGACCUGGAGCAGCUCGAAAUCAUGGCCCAGGAGGAGGUCCUAAACAAGGGGCCAAAGAGUCGCGCCUUCUAUCGCAUCCAGGCCACGCGCAAGAUGGUUGGAGGCGGCAACAUCAUGAAGAAGAUCCAGGAGCGCGCCCAGAGUGACCUGUCCGAGGUGAAGGCAGAGUUGCAGCGCGAGGAGGAUUCCGGCAUAAAGGUGUUCUUCGACCCUGGCCAUUACACCGUCAUGGAGAACGUGGGCGAAUUUGAGGUGCGUGUGGUUCGCGAGGGUGGCGACAGUAACCAGGUCAUCAUGGUCGACUACGCCACGGAAGACGGUUCUGCUAAUGCAGGUUCCGAUUAUGUUAGCACUCGGGGAACUCUAGUCUUCCGUCCUGGCGAGACUUUUCAGACGUUCCGUCUCCAAGUUAUAGACGAUGACGUCUUCGAAGAGGACGAGCACUUUUACGUGCGGCUCAGUAACCUGAGGACGGGUCAAUCCAAUGGUGACGCUGCUCCGGCUCCAAUUCGACGUCUUUCUGCCAAACCUUUGCCACCGCCUCCGGCUCCACAGUUGGUCAGCCCUUCACUCGCCACCGUCAUGAUCCUGGAUGACGACCAUGGAGGAGUGUUCAGCUUCCCCGAGAAGGAUGUGGAGUUAGUUGAGUCUGUGGGUCAGUGUGAGCUUCGGGUGGUGCGAUGCAGCGGGGCACGAGGUCGAGUUUCCGUAAGCUAUUAUACGGAGGAUGGAACAGCCAAGGCCGGCAAGGAGUACGAGGCCGCCCAUGGAGAGCUCAUCUUCGAGAACAACGAGUCUGAAAAGACGAUACCAGUGAGCAUCAUUGAUGAAGACAGUUACGAGAAGGACGUACUCUUCUAUGCACAACUCGGCGAGAUUAGGAUGCUAGACGAAGAGGCAGGUCUCGCGGCAGUUGCGGAAAGGAAGCGUCCUGAAGACCGGACGGAGGCAGACAAAAUGGCGUUGCUUGGGCGUCCCAGGUUAGGAGACAUCACGCGAGCACAAAUCCGCAUCAAGGAAAGCAAGGAGUUCAAGAAUACCGUUGAUAAGCUUGUCCAGAGAGCAAACGCUUCAAUUCUCAUAGGGACGUCGUCUUGGAAAGAACAGUUCAUUGAAGCUAUCACCGUCAGUCCAGGAGACGACGGUGGUGGAGACGAUGAUGAAGAAGAAAAGUUACCUUCAUGCGGGGACUAUGUUAUGCACUUCAUCACCCUCUUCUGGAAGCUCCUCUUUGCCUUUGUUCCACCAACAGAUAUGUUUGAUGGUUAUUUAUGUUUCGUUAUCUCAAUAUGUGGAAUUGGUUGUCUCACGGCCGUCAUUGGAGACGUGGCGUCUCACUUUGGUUGUACGGUGGGCCUCAAGGACGCAGUCACCGCUGUGGCCUUUGUUGCUCUCGGUACAAGUGUACCAGAUGUCGCUCAGGGGUACGUGUGUUUUUGCAUCUCCAUUUUAUGGAUAGGAUUCCUGACAGCACUUAUUGGUGAUGUUGCCUCCCACUUUGGCUGCAGUGUCAACUUGAAGGAUUCUGUCACAGCUAUUGGUUUAGUGGCAAUGGGUACCAGUCUCCCAGACACAUUUGCCAGCAAGGUGGCAGCUAUCCAGGAUAAGUAUGCAGAUGCCUCAGUUGGUAAUGUAACUGGAAGUAAUGCAGUCAACGUAUUCCUGGGUAUUGGUGUUGCCUGGUCUCUUGCAGCCAUAUAUCAUGCUAUUAAAGGAGAAAAAUUUUUAGUGGAACCUGGAAAUUUGGCAUUCUCCGUCACAAUUUUCUGCUCAGAAGCCUUUAUUGCCAUACUUAUAUUGUUGUUAAGAAGGUCAAAAGUGGUUGGUGGCGAACUUGGCGGUCCAAAAUAUUUUAAGUAUAUUACAUCUCUAGUGCUAAUAUUUCUAUGGUUGAUGUAUUUACUCAUGGCCACUUUGGAAGCAUAUGAUGUAAUUGAGGGCUUCUAGGCUCCACUUCAGUAUGAUCAUGCUAUGAAGUAAGAUACAUCUUAGUGUUUCAAAAGUUGCAGCUAUAGAAGGUAACAAAUUUGCCAUCUGAAGAUGGCUCAUUUAUUCAGUUUUGAAGCAACUGUAUUAUGACAUCAGCCUUCUGCUGCUUACUGCCCAGCCAGUUAUAUCUGGUGGCAUCCACAUUAUGGGAUCAACCACGGGGAUAAUGACAUCCACACUAUCAUAAGAGCAAGGGCUCAGAUAUGAGGUGUAGCUCUCAGCAAGAUAGACAUUUUGGAUAGUGUGUAAUUUGGCAAGUGCCUAAUUUAUAAAAUUUGAUUGUUCUAUUUGACAGUGUUUGAAGUAUUAGUUAUUGUGCAUGUACAAUGGAACUAUGCCAGGACAGUAAAAUUGAUAUGGGUAGUGCAUUGGUCACAAUGAGUAUAGUGAAACAGGAACUGGAAAAUCCACCUAUCUUAUUUAACUGAAUUCUGAAGAAGGAAGAGAAAAUGAAGAGAGCUGAAGACCAUUUUUAAUUACAUUGAUGUAAUAUUAUAUAUAUAUGUGUAGGUGCAGGAAUUGACAGCUGGCCUGUAUUCCAUUUUAUUAUUAGACAUGUUGCAGUUCUUGAGAAUAGCAUAUUUUACAGGUUUUAUAAUGCAGACCUUCCAUUUUAUUAUAAUGCCAGUAUUUUAUGAGAAAGACAUAUUUGAUGUGUUCAGAAUGAAAGUCAAGCCAUUUAUACAGACAAGUAUUUCUAAAUUUAAGGCAACGAAUAUAAUUAAUCAGCACAGUUUGUGUAAUGGUUUGACUUGAAAGUUAUGGAUUCAAAAUAGGAACAUAAGUAGAUAUGCUAUUUUUAUUGGACUGUAUUCAAUUGUCUUUGUAUUUUCAGCCAGUUAAUUGCCUUUGUUUUGUACAGCUGAAAAGAAAAUAUCAGAAUGUUAACUAGUCUUGGCUGACUGGGUGCUAAGUCUGAUGAUCUGUCUUGAAAGAGAAAGACUUAUAAUAUUUCUUAAAUGUUAUUAAGUAACAGAAAUGUAUACAUGGGGUACAUGACUUGAAUUUUUGGCAAAGUUUUGCUUGAUGGUGAGUUAUAACAUGUGAGACUGAAAGAUUCCACUUUCAUAUUUAACUGUAUUCAUUACACAUUUGAGACUCCUAUGCCAUUCAGGAAUGAAGUAUAUGAUAGGAAGGUGCCUCUUCUUUGAAAAGCAUGUCAACAUGAAAGCAGUAAAGGGAGACUUCCUCUCUGCUUUCCAUAUGUUAUUAAUUUGUCAUUUAUAGGGUAAUUCAUUUUAGAACCUUAAUUCAAGGGAGUGAAUAUGCUUAUGUUAGUUUCAUUUCACUAGUACAGCUUCUGUUUUCUUCAUGCUUUCAACUACAGUGUUUGUUAAUUAGAAUUACAGAAAAACACAUAUCCCUUAUUUCUGGCUCAGUGCCCUGGUGGAACCAAAUUGUCAUAGCUUUAAUUAGCCAUUCUUUUCUACAAACAUGUUUGCUAGACUUUCAUCCUCAGUUCUAGCAUCAGGACUGGAACAUACAGUACACUGGUGAUGGGAAACUUUUGACUUCUAACACAUUUGCCGAUAUACCUCAUUGUGUACCAUCAUGCAUACAGCUGAGAAACGGUCUGGCCCUAAGAUAGUGAUUGGAGUUUUCUGAAGUGUUUCGUUACCACACUGAACAAUAAUUCAUGUUAAAGUAUAUACCUUGACAUAUCUUAACUUCUCUAUCUCUGUUGUCUCACAUAAACUGUAAAGGAAUUUGUAACUGAAUAAUUUGUCUGUCAUUCUGAAAGUAUGUUUCACUUGAAGGUGUUGUCUUCUGUAAAUUAUGUAAAUAAGUUGACUCAGUCCAUGCCUUUUUAUUCAUAAAUAUGACAUAUUUAAAAAUGUUAUAAUUUUUGUCUUCAAAUUUAAUGCAUGGUUAUACAUAAGAGAACUAAAAUUAAAUUUAUUGGAGACAAAAUUACAUUUCUAUAAUAAAAUGUUAUGUCCUUUGCCACAUCUAUCUUCACUAUUUCAUCAUAUCAUUACGAUAUGAAAAUAUAUAUAAUUUAUGGAAGCAUGUUGGUCAGUAAUAGAACUAGUUCAUAAUGGCAGUUUGUAAUAAAAAACAAAAGAACAUAUUUUGAUUAUAUACAGGCUUUGAGAUAAAAUAACUAUCUGCUACCUUAGUCCAUAAAUUUUGUAUUACAAGACUGUGUCGUUGCAGUCCUGACAGAUUUAUGUGGGGAGCUGAAGCUUGUACACCAAUUAGUCUUUCGAGGUUCCAGGUUCAAGUCUUAGUUUGUACGUUGAUAUUGCAUGAUUUCCAGUGUGCAUGUGUGUGUGCAUUGUGUGUGUGUGUCAUAGAGUGGAUUGUGAUGGCUGAAGAGUAUUAUAUAUCCACUUAAACAAGUGUAAUCUGAACAUUUUAAUCUUUUUCACUAUUGACUGCAGUCAUAUUCCUGUUAUGAUUCUCUCAGGACUCUUACUUCAUGUCCUGAUGUCUACUCUUAUCUCUAUGUUCUAGUCAAAUAAAUCACUGUUUCUCUAUCCACUAUCAUGUAUAAAGCAAUUCAUUUCUUUUAAAUACUACAAACUGGCCGAUUAAUUUAAUCACAUGGUGAUAUCCAUUAUCCACAUUCAUAUAUUAUAUACUAGAUAUAUUUUUGAAAUACUACUAAAUGGACGAAUCUGUUUCCUCACAGCAUAUACAGCAAUUAUUCUUAAUCCCAAAAUUACAGUGACCAUUGUUCCAUAUCUUCUGUAAUAAAUGUUAGAAAACUGGUUAAUGUUUAACUGACAUCAAAAACAUUUUAAAGUAUUUAUUGAUACUUCAUUUGCCAGGAAUCUGUUAAUUAUUUUCUUGUGAUAUUCUUCAUUUUAAUUUAUUGAAUUAUUGAUUGCCAUAGGAAGAGUGAGUUUAAUAAUAUAAAGAAACCAUAGUUGGAAAAUAAAUGAGAUGGAAAGAUCUCUUUGUAUAUGAUUUUUUUACUGUAAAAAUUAAGUCCAUUUUGCAAUGUUAUUGGCAGCUUUAUAGUUUGAUGUUGACUUAAUUUAACUGAACUUUAUUUCCUAAAUGUACUUAUGUUUGUUUCAAGUAUACAGUGAAGUUUCAGUAUAAUUCCUUGUCCUGUAAAACUUAGGUAAAAUAUUUACUCCUUUUUGUGUGUAUAUGCAGCUAUAUUUCUAAAACCUUACAUCCACUGUUUUAAAAUGGAGAGUGACUUAAAUGUUAAAUAUGCAUCAGAUGGAGGUACAGAAAACUUAUGUACCAAAUAAUGAAUUCACUUAUGAAAUCCAUAAAAUACAGAAGGUUUCUGGGUUUGAUUUUAACAUUUGUUAUGACUACUGCAUACUGCUGGAUUAUAAUAUAUUAAUGCACUGAAUACUGUAUGGUAUUUGCAGUGAUCACUCUUUAAAGUUAUCAUGUCAUAACAAUUAAGGGUAUGCAACUAUGCAAUUCAAAAUAACUCAUAUAUUUUCAACACAAAAUUAUCAUCACAGAAAGCAUAUAUGACUUAACAUUUAACACAAAUCAAUAAAUAUUCCAGUAGAACUUAUGGGAAUGUUAUGUAUCCAAUUCAUUGGAAAAAUAUUGAUAUCUGACUGAAAUUUAUUUUUGGUCCAUUUUUUCCUAGCAUUUUGGUAACCAGUCAUUCUCAGCAGAUUUUUCUGGAGAGAGUAUGUGCAAUACAUAGAGUGCUAAUUAUAAUAUAUCCAUUACAAAUUAAAAGAUUUUUUCUGUAAUCUUUUGUACUCUGGAAAUAGUGAACCACUAGGCUUAAAAUAUUUUGGGAUCCUGUUAUAAUUGAUCUGAUACCGUCAUCCUCUGUACCAAUUUAUAUUAGUUUAAAGAGACUGGGAUUGCAGUUUGGAAUAUUAAUAAGCUUACUGGAAGUCUGUUAAAAAUAUACAUCAAUAAAUAUUUUGUUAAGAGCAACUUAAUGGGGGGAAAAAAUUCUUUUGGAUGAAUGUCAGUACUGAUUUACCACUGCCAGGCAAAACCUGUUCUUGGCAGACUAAAUCAUUUACAAUGUUUGUUAUAUGCCAUGCUUGUUUGUGCAAGGAAUAUUUGAUCUGUAAAUGAUUGUACAUGUGUACAUAAUGUAAAAACUUAAAGAAAAUGUAUUAUUGUAGCUAUUUAUGAUAUAAAUAUGUCAAAUUAUUGGUGAUGAUUCAUAAAAAAUGUUAUGUAAAACUGCAUGUUCUGUUCACAUCACAUAAGGUAAGAAAUAUGGUGAGUAUGAAUCAAGGAAUAGACUGUUGUGAGGUCCAUGUCAUAUUAGAUUUUUAAAUUUGUCUACAUUUGAUUCUUAUGAACCAGUCUUGUAGACAUAAUAAAGUUCUUCCAGAAAAUG